AUGGGGGACACGCUCGAGACGCUGAUCGCGAGUACACAAGAGACUCUGCAGCCAUUAGUUGCCAAGCCUAAGUUGACCGAAAAGCUCCUGGCCAAGGCACCCUUCCGUUUUCUGCACGAUGUUUUCACGGCCGUGAUGCAGAGCACAGGGUUCGCAAUGGGACUGUACAAUGACUUUGAAUUAAGCUCAGCCAACCUAACAGACAAGCUGCAAAAGACGGCUUUUUUGGACAAAAUGAUCAUUUGUGUUGGCCAAUGCCUUGGCAAGGACAUGAGUGUGCGCUCAUCCAAGAUUGUGGCUGGCCUCGAGCCGGAAAACACCAAUUUGUUGCUCCAAGGUCUCGCACAGGCCGCAAAGGACAAGUCGCUUGACUGGAAUAAGGCUGUACAAAUCACACUUACCAAGGUCGUAUCAAUUACAGCAGAAGGUGAAGUGGCCCCUAGAACUGCAAUGUCUGCAGUGGAAGCCGUUUUGCGUCCAAGCUCGACGAAUCGCGACGGAUCCGCUGAAGCCAAGAAAAAGGAAAAGGAUCGACGAGAGAGUGACAACGCAAAGCCGAUGGGAAAUACUGAGGAACUGCCACGAAAUGCGGAGAGCAAAGGAGAAGCACAGGCACCGCUGGCGUCUUCGAAACGGUCAGCACCUGAGACGACUCGUGCAGCACCAAGCCGUAGCAAUAGUAGCAAAAACAAUAUUAAUGAUGACUUACUACUUCAAAGUAUUGUCGACUGUAAUGGUGACAUUGAGCGUACAAAAACUCUUGUGGAGCAAGUAAUCACGAGGCCUAAGAUGUCGUCAAAGCUGUUGGGCAAGCCACCGUUUCGCUUUCUGCAUGACAUUAUAUCCGAAGUGACUCGUGUAACUGGUUUUGCCGAUGGACUGUUUUUGGGUGAUGAACUCGACUCAGGUGCUAUCAAAGAGAAGGGACCGAAGAUGGAUUAUCUCACAAAAAUUACACAGUGUGUUGGCCUUCACCUUAACGUUGAAAUAGAAGCCAGACCGGCUAAGAUUAUCGCAGGAUUAGAGGCUGAGGCCACAUGCAAAUUUUUGCAGCUACUGACAGUUGCAUGUAAAGCAGGCAGCUCAAAAGAAUCCGUGCAACGUGUGUUGGCUGGUGACAUCGCUCUACGGACUAGUAACGUUUAUGGAAGUAAGCCUGCUAGUCGUGAGCAUGCUUCUGAUAAUAAGCAAACGUCCCAUUUAAGUACCCCACCAGAGAGAAAGGUACAUGCAAAGCCCGUAAGUAAACCAAAAGACGUACAACAUGGAAGCUUUUCAGGUCCAACGAAGCCCUUGACAGUGAUUAAAAGCAGCGAAGAUGAUAUUGACGAUGAAAGAAAUAACGAACCUUUGCGAUUCGAUGCCCCGGAAGCAAAGAUUGAUGAAGGGCAAUCUUCAGAUGUCCACCUGGACAUAAAUAAUUUGGGAAUGAGUCGCACUUCACGGCCAACAACUGCACGGCGUCGCCCGCCAAAGCUAAAAGAAAAUGUUACUGAAGUGGGGCGACUGAUGGUGUCCGAUGCUAGAGCUGCUUCUGUAACAGGUAUCAUGAAGGAUGGAGAAAAUAAUGACACCGACAGCGAAGAUGAGGCUACUAGUGCAGCCGCAGGAAAUGACAAUACAUUUAACCAACCUCAUCUGGGGCCAAAACCUGGAGAUGCUGAUGCUCAUGGACGUUUAGUGCGCGACAUUCUAAAAAAUCAAGGCGCUGAAGAAGCUGCGAGACGUGCAAAAGAAGUUGAAGAUACGACUCCUAGCGAGGUCGAAACUGGCAUUCGACUUGGACGUCGAAACAAGUCGUUCAAACCGGAGCACAUGAAGAGCUCAAAUGCUGUAGCGGCAUCGUCGCUGACUGAAAUGAAUGCCUUACGUGCCGAUAUCCAGCGACUGUGUCAAGCGGCCAAUCCAGUUGGCAAAAGUAUUGAGUUUGUGCAUGAAGAUUUAAAUGCCAUGUCCAAAGAGCUCGAGUUUUGGCGCAAAGAAUACGCUCGCAAAUGCGAUGCAUUGGCAGAUGAACAAAAACGGACAGAAGACGCGUUACAGCCUUUGAAGGUGCAGCUUCGAGAAGUCGAAGAACAAGUCAAGGAGAAGGUUCACAAAAUUAACACACUCAAAGCUGUCAUUGCUAAGAAUGAGGUGAAAACUCAAAAAUUGCUACGUAUGGUUGUCUCAGCUUGA